AGUAAUGCUCUUGCAGCACAGAGAGCACAACCAAAACUAAGAAGAGUUUUUUCAAAAACAUCUACAAAGAAACACUACAGGAACCAUGGGGACAAACAUUCAUGCAAUAUUGACUCAGUAUCAUGAGCUUCAGCGUGCUGGAUGUAGACCCUUGCAGUGUGUGAAAGGAGAUCCCAAAGACACGGUUCCUGUUCCCUACCAUGAGCCGUGUGUAAAGGCCACACACACCGUUCUCCAGGUUCAAGAGCCAUAUUCAACACAGUCCAUGGCCUUUCGUGUGAAUUUCUUGAAUGGCUUUAAUGGAGGCAAGAUUACGGUGCGGAUGAAGAGCUCCGACACCAUCGGGAAACUGCAGCAGAAGCUCCGCAAGCAGAAUCCGGACUUGGGAGAAAACCUGAAUUUGGUCUACAAUGGGAAACCGGUUGAGCCUCAGCAGACGCUGUCUGAGCUCCAAGUGAAGCCUGGGGCCACGUUCAUCACCUUCCAGAAGUGUCACGGGGGUUAAAGAUGAUGUGAACACCACUUUUCUUUCUGUGCUUUCUGUGUCAAAUAUUUGAUUCCUGUUAGCUGAUGUGUGUCAUAAAUCAAGAUUUAAGGUUUGAAAUUACUUGAUUCUGUUUAAUCGAGCCCUGAGUGCUGACGGCAAACAUAAAAGCGCAAAAAAGUUGAAUUGAAUGCAUUAUUCGAGCUGCAUGUGAUUGAAUGUUAUGUAGAGACAUGAUGUGAUACUACUUUUGCACAAGCAGAUUUGAUAAAAUGUCGAUUUGCUCUUUAUGUAGCCUUAAUGUUUUAUACUUUGGUCUUUUAACUGUUUUAACCCCUGUAGCUCUGCCCUGUCUUGUUGUAAUCUGUUUAUAUCCAAAACUACUUGGGGAGACAAAUAAAGAUACUGUGACUUUUUUUUCUUUCUUCUGUUCCUCCAUAUUUUACUAUAAAAAUCAUUUAAGGUCCAAAGAUGCAUUUUGUUUGGUCGUUUGCUUUUGUGUUUAGUUUUUUGAAGGUGUUUUCAGCAAAACGGUUUCACUUUCAGUUCACUGGGGGGAAAACACAGAGCUCGUAGAAAAGAUAAUUCGAUCUAUGUUCUUUAUUAUUUUAUCUUACAUCUUAUAUUUUGUUAAAUAUAGACAUUUUUCAUGUGCAAACUCAUGUUUCUAACAUGUAUGAGAAAAUUCUUUAUUCAGUUCGUUAAAGGAAGACAAACUUCAUAAUAAAAAAAAAUUUUUUUUUUGAUCUGUAAUUGUGAUUUGCACUGUUCUAUAUGUAAAUCUGAUUCUUCUAUUUUAAUAAAAAAAAGUCUUUGGACCA